UAUUAAGGUGCAAUUUGAAACACGGAGUACUUUCAAAGGACUGAUAUUUGUGGAAGAUCACUUAGCGGAUCCGUCAUGUCGCUCAACUUCUGCUGAAAACGUGAAUGGUAAAGGACGAAAUGCAUCCAUUAGACUUGGAUUCAAAAGUUGUGAUGUUGAGAGAAGGAGAUCGAGUAACCCACGUGGUUUAUAUAUUACAACAUCACUAUUUCUGGCAUUUCAACCUGAUUUUCUCACCAAAAUUGACCGUGUUUAUGUGGUGCAGUGUUUAUAUAUGGAAAUGGAAAAAAUUUUCGAGAAACAAAUACAAGUAAAGAUGAAUCCUCCUCCACUUCAAACCGAGCAAGUAGCGAUGCCAAUGUGUAAAUACGAGAUUCUUGAUGGAUCGCCAGCUGGACCACCAGUAUUUUAUGCUGUCAUUGGACAGAUGGUUUAUCACAAAUGGACAUGUGAAACGAACACCGAAAAUCAGUUCUGUAUGAUGGUGCACAGUUGCUUUGUGGAUGACGGUAACGGUGAUCGAGUUCAGCUGAUUGAUGAGCAAGGAUGUGCGAAAGACAAAUAUCUACUGCAAAAUCUGGAAUACGUGUCAGAUUUAAUGGCGGGUAAAGAAGCGCAUGUUUAUAAAUAUGCCGAUCGACAAAGUUUAUUCUUCGAUUGCCAAAUAUCAGUGACAGUAAAAGAACCGAAUCAGGAAUACUGCUCCAUUCCAACUUGUCCAGAGCCAUCAAGGCGAAAGCGUCAGACUUCAUUGCAGCCAGAACCACUAAUGAAAGGAAGUCAGACUUUGUCAUCCUUUGAAAAUAUUUCUCAAGCAAAGGAACAAACGUCAGUGGAGAGCAAUGGAAUAAUAACAUUUAGUAAAAAAGAAUAUGAAUUGGAAAUGAAGUUUAACCUUCGACAAGACCAAAAUGAAAAAGUUCGCUGGUUUAAUGGAAAUGUCAAUGUCUACCAGGAUAUGCUCUGCAUGUCAUCACUUGGCCUCGGUACAAUUGCAGCAAUGAAUUUAAUUAUGAUCUCAACAUCAGCUCUAUUUUUCUAUGGCAGUUGCAAGUAUUCAUUAUGUAGAACAAUGGAUCAAAUGUAA